AUGCCAAGUCUUGGAAUUGAAGUUGAUGUCUUAAUUCAAUUGCCAAGUCCUGUCCCAUCCCCAGCUGAAGGCUGCUGCAACGGCAUCACCUGUCCAGGAAACCUGCAGGACAGCUCGGCAGCAGCCAUCGCCGCGGACUUCGCGGCCCAGUACGUGGAUGCUGGCAUGUUGAAGGACAUCGUGGAGAUCUAUGAGGAACCAAGGCACUGGAUGACCUUCUCAAAUGAGCACCUGCGCGUGUUUCGAGUAGAGAAUGCGCCUGGGGAUACCACUCUGACACACAUCCAUCGUGUGGAUAGCCUCUACUUCUUCUUCUCAGAGAGUCAAGUUCAAGGAACGAAAUGGAAAGAGGAGCCCAAAGAUGAUGUGCUGCAGGAUGGGGAAGUGAGAUAUGGAGACCACGGCACCAGUUGCACGUUGAUUCACAAGAUCCACAACAAGUCCCGGCCAGUCAUGAUGUGUUUGGAUGUGGAGUUUGCGGGUUUCCACCAAGAGCCACCUGCGAAGCGUCCAAAGAUGGAGCCUCCUUCCAUUUCACCUCCCUUGAAGCUGAUCAAGGAGCGCCCCGCUGUGCGGGUCUAUACCAUUGAUGUAGCAGCGGGCAGCAGUUGCUCCUGUGCCUUGCCCUUCGCCAAAGUACUUCUGGUGGUACACCGGGGCGCUCGCAUUCGUGGCACCUUAGGUGAGUGCUUCGUGAAAGCUGGAGAUGUGUUCUUUCGGGAAGGACCAGAAGAGAUGAAACUGGAAGUGCUCGGCUCUCGUCGCGACUUGAGACUUUGGGUCGUGGAGCUUUUGUACUAAGACAGACAGCGGGCUCUCGUGGUGAGGUGAGUGGAGAUGGCACACUGGAAUGCAAUGGGG